GCGCCGCGCGCCAUGCGGAGCUGCAAGAUGGUGCGGGUGGCCAGCGUGCUGGGGCUCGUCAUGCUCAGCGUGGCGCUGCUCAUCCUCUCGCUCAUCAGCUACGUCUCGCUGAAGAAGGACAACAUCUUCGGGGCGCCGCGCGCGGCGGGCGCCGCCGGGCCGCGCAUGUACAUGUUCCACGCGGGAUUCAGGUCCCAGUUCGCCCUGAAGUUCCUGGACCCGUCGUUCGUGCCCAUUACCAACUCCCUGAGCCACGAGCUGCAGGAGAAGCCUGCCAAGUGGACGUUCAACAGGACAGCGUUCGCCCAUCAGAGGCAAGAAAUCCUUCAGCAUGUUGAUGUAAUAAAAAAUUUUUCUCUGACCAAGAACAGUGUUCGGAUCGGACAGCUGAUGCACUAUGAUUAUUCCAGCCAUAAAUAUGUUUUUUCUAUUAGCAAUAACUUCAGAUCACUGCUUCCAGAUGUGUCACCCAUCAUGAACAAGCAUUACAAUAUUUGCGCUGUGGUUGGAAAUAGUGGAAUCCUGACUGGGAGCCAGUGUGGACAAGAAAUAGAUAAAUCUGAUUUUGUUUUUCGUUGCAAUUUUGCUCCAACUGAGGCUUUCCAAAGAGAUGUUGGAAGGAAAACCAAUCUCACAACCUUCAACCCCAGCAUCCUGGAGAAGUAUUACAACAAUCUUUUGACCAUUCAGGAUCGCAACAACUUUUUCUUAAGUUUAAAAAAGCUUGAUGGGGCYAUUCUUUGGAUCCCCGCUUUUUUCUUCCACACGUCAGCAACAGUCACAAGAACGCUGGUUGACUUUUUUGUUGAGCAUAGAGGGCAGUUAAAGGUCCAGCUGGCUUGGCCAGGAAAUAUAAUGCAACACGUUAACAGAUACUGGAAAAACAAGCAUUUGUCACCCAAGCGGCUGAGCACAGGUAUCCUCAUGUACACCCUUGCUUCUGCAAUAUGUGAGGAGAUCCACCUGUAYGGAUUCUGGCCCUUUGGCUUCGAUCCCAACACCAGGGAAGAUCUCCCGUACCACUACUAUGACAAGAAAGGAACCAAGUUCACGACCAAGUGGCAGGAGUCCCACCAGCUGCCCGCAGAGUUCCAGCUGCUCUACAGGAUGCACGGUGAAGGACUGGCCAAACUCACCUUGUCGCAUUGUGCCUAAGAACCGAAAGCUCCAAGUGCCAAAUCAUUGUCUAAAAAGUGCCCAAAACAGAAUUAAACAUUCUUCAGAUAGAAUCCUUAAAAAAAAAAAAAAACUAAAAUAUUUUCCAUACCAUAAAUAUGCUUUUUAAUCACUCUUAUCACUGCUCCUCAGAGGGUCUGAGCAUAUUUAGCAAUGCAGAUGCAUUUAUCAGGUUCUGUGGAUGCUACUUGUGAAGCAGAAAUCUUGGAAUAUUUUGCAUUUAUAGAUAUGCUUCUAAAUAUGUUUUAAGAUAUUUUCAUAUUUUGGCAUUCCUCUAACUGCCUCUGAAUCUCCUAAUUUUAUUGUUCCGUUCGGAGCAGAGGCAGAGGUGUCCGCUCCAAACGAUCCCGCUCCUCCCGUGUUUGUGGCAGUGCGAGCCCCGCUGCCGCGGGCUGCCGCGGCCGAUGCAAGGCGCUGCUCCAGCUGCAGUCGCCACCGCUUGCGCGUUGCGCACGUGGAGCCUGCUCCCCACCGCUUGCAUGCGUUCAUAUUUACUGGACUUCACAUUUUUUUGGAAUAACAUGGAGGAGGUCAGAAUAUGGCCUGUGCCACAGCAAGGCAUUUGUAAUACUUUUAGAGUACUUCAGUGUUUUAACGCAACUUGGGCCAAAUCAUAGUCAAAAGUCAGACAAAAUGAUUUUUUUUUCGUUUAUGUCUAGGGGGUCCCAUUUGGCCCUUUGGUUUUAAAUAUAAAAUACCAAAACAAGCAGUAUUCRAUUUCCUUUUCCUUUGGGCUUGUGCUUGGUGCUGUGGAGGACCCGCAGCCCGUCCCACGGUCCGUGGUUAUCCGYACGGCAAGCGGGGCCGUCCUGGACCCGACGCCUUCAUUGGUGAAUGCAGCUGCAUCCAGCAGCAGCAGGGGAACCACAGCCCGAGCAAGAUCCAAGCCAAAAGCAGUAUUUUUAAACAUCUCUUUUAAAAAAGGGAAGUGAAGUGAGCGUAGCAGGGAUGCAGGCAGCAAGAAAUACAGCCACUCACCAGGUUUUCACAUUUACUUCUCCAAAACCACAUUCAGGCCACUGAAAUAGUCGCCUCAUUUCCAAGUCACAAGGAAAUGUUCACUGCAGUCAAAGGAAGAUGUAGGUUUUCUAGUACCUUUGGAAAYCAGAUUAUUUACUAAGAGGACAAAUUUUAGUGUCACUUAAAGUUUGGAAAUGUUAGCCAAUAUGUCUCAGGAUGAAGAAGUCUGUAAAAUAACUGUUUUUUUCUUAUUAAAACAAUUAUACUUAGAAGUAUUUUAACACUUUUAUAUAAUUCUGUAUUACACUAAGUGACACCUGACUAUACACUGAAAGAAGAUGCAAAAGUGCAUUUAAAAUCAUACUUUAAAAAUCYACAUUUUCUCUUUUUUUUUAGGAUUCUUUACUUAAAGUAGGUGUAGAAAGCAAGGAAGGCAGUCUGGGUAUGAUAUAAAAUCCCGAGCAAUGCAGAGCACCUCCCAGUGACUGCAGCUCUGCAAGCCAUUCCCAUUAGGAUGAGGCCUGAGCCAUCCCCCCAGCCACGGAGCCCAUCCAUCCCUUGUACCACCCGUGUCACCUUCCAACAGCUUUUGGAGCCCAAAACACCCAAUUCCAGCACUGGUGGUGAAAAAAAAUGACUGCAUCCUCCAUGGGACAAAAUUACUAUGUCCAUAGCAAUUACAACUGGAAGCGACUUACCUGGAAGGACCAAGGAUUUUAAAGCCAUGUAGAAAACCCUCCCUUUCUCCCCUGUUUUAAUGACCUGACGUACUCUGGCUUCUGUUUUCAAGUGGGUGUUUAGAGCUGUGGAAGAAGCUGGGGUGCUGCCCGGCCCCGCGAGCAUGGAGYGCGCCGGAAUGGUGCCCGGAGGGACUGCAGGUUGGCACCGCGCACAGCUCGUCUCCGCUGGGUUUCCUCGUCKCYSCUGGGUUUCCUCGUCGCUCCUGGGUUUCCUUGCCCGCUGCAUCCGCAUCUCAGCUCUCCCCUUUCCUUGCAAUUGCAGUAAGCCUCUUCUCAUCACUAUUCAUAUCACACUAUGACUUCUGGCAAGUUUUAUUAUUAAGACGUAGCUGUUUAGUAAUAGUAGUGUAUGAUGCCAUAGGGUGCCCUAUGAUUUAUUAUUAAUAUUGCCUUUUAUUAUUUGUGUUGUCGCAGCAUGCAAGGGCCCAGCCGAGGGUCAGCACUGAGUCGUGCUGGAUUCAGGGGGGCCGGGCUGGCUGUCCCGAGAGCUGGUGAUGCUGUAGCCUGGGGGAGAGCCCAAAACGUGGUCAAAGCUGCUGGGAUGGGGCAGGAGCCGGGGAGGCACCAGGUAGGCAAAGUCCUUUGAGGAACCUCUCUUCAGGCGCCUGCCAUAUGGAUUUUUAUUCCCCUCCCGACUACAAAAAGAAGGCAGGAAUUAUAAAGGCAAGGAAGGGUUCUGCACAAGUUAUUAAUGAAGUGCAUCAAUUAAUCAUUUCCAGUGUAAUUUAGUAUUGAACGGUAGAGCAGGUGCGUGUUUGCUAAGGCAGGCAGGUCGCUCUGCAGCCCAGGAGGUGGGGGGCUGCCCUCGUGCCCCUCGCCCAGGCUGAGAAAUCACCUUGGCAAAUGCUACUUGCUGCUGUACAGUGUUUACAUGAUAAAACUAGUUUAAAUUUGAUGUCAUGGCAAGUGAGCAUCCAUUAGUCUAAAUGAAUGUCUGAUCRUGCACCAAGAGGCACUUUUUGGGAUGGGAGCAGCCCCUGGGUGAGGUCCAGGCUCCUCACAGUGCGACAAGGGACUUAGCCCAUCUGCAUCAGGAUUACACCAUUUUUAGUGAAAUCCAGAGAAAAUUGUGUCCCCUCC